GUGACUGGAACCAUGGCCGGAUUCUCGUGGAAACUUUUUCUACUUUCUUGCCUGGUUGUUUUGGAGAGCUCCGCACAAGACUUCGGACAGACGCAGUUUAUUUGCACGUCGGUGCCCAAGGAUAUGGACUUGUGCACGGCUACGAUGCAGAACAGCGGGCCGGCGGAGGACAUGAAGACCACGGUCAUGCAGCUGCGGGAGACCGUGUUGCAGCAAAAGGAGACCAUUAUGAACCAAAAGGAGACAAUCAGGGAGCUAACGUCCAAGUUGAGCCGCUGCGAGAGCCAGAGCCUCCCCGCGGCGGCGGGACCCGGCGGGAGGCGGCCGGGGUCGAAGAAUACGAUGGGGGAUGUAUCCCGGGGCACCACCGACACUCUGGCCCAGCUGGGACAGACUUUACAGACGCUCAAACAGAGACUGGAGAAUCUAGAGCAAUACAGCCGCGGGAACAACACCGCGCAGGCGAACAGCCUGAAGGAUCUGCUGCAAAACAAGAUAGAUGACAUGGAGAAGCAGGUUCUGUCCCGGGUCAACACGUUAGAGGAGACCAAACCGGGCUCCAGGAAUGACACCGAGCAGCGGAACAGAGUGGAGUCCACGCUCACCUCUCUGCACCACCGGAUUACAGACCUGGAGAAAGGCAAAGACACCAGGCCAACUGACAAAUUCCAGCUCACCUUCCCCCUGAGAACCAACUACAUGUACGCCAAAGCCAAGAGGAGCCUCCCUGAGAUGUACUCCUUCAGUGUGUGUCUGUGGAUCAAGUCCAACGCCUCGCCUGGGGUGGGGACACCCUUCUCCUACGCUGUGCCGGGCCAGUCCAACGAGCUGGUCUUGAUCGAGUGGGGGAACAACCCCAUGGAGAUUCUCAUUAAUGACAAGGUUGCGAAGCUGCCGUUCCUCAUCAACGAUGGAAAAUGGCAUCACCUGUGCAUCACAUGGACCACCCGCGAUGGGAUGUGGGAGGCCUUCCAGGAUGGAGUGAUGAGGGGCAGCGGGGAAAAUCUGGCACCGUACCACCCCAUCAAACCAGAGGGAGUGCUGGUCCUGGGACAAGAGCAGGACACACUGGGAGGAGGCUUUGAUGCAACACAAGCUUUUGUCGGAGAGCUGGCAAACUUGAAUAUCUGGAAUAGGAAACUUUCUAUCGCAGAGAUCUACAACUUGGCAACCUGCAACAGCAAAGCACCGACUGGCAACGUCUUCUCCUGGACGGAGAGCAACAUUGAAAUAUUUGGCGGAGCGACCAAAUGGACCUUCGAGCCUUGUCGUUCGCUCAACUGA